UAUAGUAAUUCUUGUGAUAGCGCAAGUUUGUAUCGUAAAUGUAAAAUUACAUCAGGGUAUUUUUGCAAUGUUUUGUUUUAACGAUAGGUCAGUUUCCUGUUUGUAGCGAAAGGGUAAAAUAGACUAUGGGAGUUUUGGUCUUGGGGAUGGAUUGCGACUUCGUUGCUAACUACUACUUGCAAUUUGAAAAGAAUAGGCUACUUUGCUUGGUGUGGGGAUCUUGGUUUCGUAUUGAAAUACCCAUACGCUGGUUUGUGUGUAUAUAUGUGAAACAUAUACGUUUCUCCCAUUGUCGGGAACCCCGGGUGUCUGUGGAGGUAUAAGUCGAGUCUGUGGGGAUGCUCUGAAACCAACAGAUCAUCAGCAUGGCGCAGAAGGAGAAGCUCCAGUGCCUGAAGGAUUUCCACAAGGACACGCUGAAGCCGUCGCCGGGGAAGAGCCCGGGCACGCGGCCCGAGGACGAGGCGGAGGGCAAGCCGCCGCAGCGGGAGAAGUGGUCCAGCAAGCUGGACUUCGUCCUGUCGGUCGCCGGCGGCUUCGUGGGUUUAGGGAACGUCUGGCGCUUCCCGUACCUCUGCUACAAGAACGGCGGCGGGGCGUUUCUCAUCCCCUACUUCAUCUUCCUGUUUGGCGGUGGCCUGCCCGUGUUCUUCCUGGAGGUGGCGCUGGGCCAGUACACCUCCGAGGGAGGGAUUACCUGCUGGGAGAAGCUGUGCCCCAUCUUUACUGGUAUUGGCUACGCCUCCAUCGUGAUCGUGUCCCUGCUGAAUGUGUACUACAUCGUGAUCCUGGCCUGGGGGCUGUACUACCUGCUCCAGUGCUUCCAGACGGACCUGCCCUGGUCGCGCUGCAAGCAGAGCUGGAACACCGACAGCUGCGUGGAGGACACCGUGCGCAAGAACCGCUCCCUGUGGCUCGCCGCCAACGUCACCAACUUCACGUCUCCAGUCAUAGAGUUCUGGGAACACAACGUGUUGAACAUCUCCGGGGGCAUAGAGGAGCUGGGCCCGGUGAAGCCGGACCUGGCGCUGUGCCUCCUGGCCGUCUGGGUCGUCUGCUUCUUCUGCAUCUGGAAGGGAGUCAAGUCCACAGGAAAGGUGGUUUACGUGACGGCCACCUUCCCCUUCGUCAUGCUCAUCAUCCUCUUGGUUCGCGGCGUGACUUUACCUGGCGCUGCAGAGGGGAUCAAAUUCUACCUGUACCCCGACCUGUCCCGCCUGAAAGACCCCGAGGUGUGGAUUGACGCUGGGACGCAGAUAUUCUUCUCCUACGCUAUCUGUCUGGGAGCGAUGACAUCGCUGGGGAGCUACAACAAGUACAAAUACAACUGCUACAGGGACUGUUUGCUGCUGGGGGGCCUGAACAGCGGUACCAGCUUUGUCUCGGGAUUCGCAAUAUUUUCCGUCCUGGGCUUCAUGGCACAAGAGCAAGGGGUGGACAUUGCCGAUGUGGCAGAGUCAGGUCCAGGACUGGCCUUUAUCGCUUACCCCAAGGCUGUGUCCAUGAUGCCACUGCCCACUCUCUGGGCCAUCCUCUUCUUCAUCAUGCUUCUGCUCCUGGGGCUCGACAGCCAGUUUGUCGAAGUGGAAGGGCAGAUCACCUCAUUGGUGGAUCUGCAUCCCUCCUUCCUAAGGAAGGGUUACCGGCGAGAGAUCUUCAUCGCGGUGCUGUGCUCCAUCAGCUACCUCCUGGGCCUCACCAUGGUUACACAGGGAGGGAUGUAUGUGUUCCAGCUCUUUGAUUACUAUGCAGCCAGUGGAGUUUGCCUGCUCUGGGUGGCAUUCUUUGAAUGUGUAGCAGUAUCCUGGGUCUAUGGCGCUGAUAAUUUCUACGAUGCGAUUGAGGAUAUGAUUGGAUACAGACCAAACCCGUGGAUGAAGUGGAGCUGGAUGGUCAUCACCCCUGUCCUGUGCAUGGGAUGCUUUUUCUUCUCCCUGGUCAGAUACAAGCCGCUGACCUACAAUAAGGUGUACAAGUACCCGGACUGGGCCAUCGGACUGGGCUGGGUCCUGGCUCUGGCCUCCAUGAUCUGCAUUCCCAUGGUGGUCGUCAUCAAGAUCAUCCAAUCAGACGGGCCGCUGAUAGAGCGGAUCAAGGCCGUGGCCGCGCCCAUAAAGGGGGGCGCCAGCUCACGCCCCCCCGACCACCGGCCGAAGAGCGACCUGGGGUACCCCGUGGACCCCGAAAGCAGCCAGGGCCUGUUGCAGCCGCCCCACACCAUCGUGGAGACCAUGAUGUGAUCUCUCUCUGUGAGAGAACAGGAAGGACCUGCUUUAGCCGCGCUCGCUAACUCUCACACGCAUAGGAACAGGUUUACAUUCGCUACACACAUGUAUCUGCACUAGGACAAUUUUUGUUUUCUACAAAAUAAGAUACAUAUGUUUUUUUUUCCUUCUUCUUGGUGCUUUUACUAUUUUUUUAUUAUAUUGUUAUUGGUAUUAUCAUUGCUGUAGCUUGUGGAAGAAUUUAACUCAAGACUUCAGGCAGUGUUUCAAUUUAUCAGUUUUAUCUGACCUCCUUCCUGUAGACAGUUGGGACUGUGGAGGGAGGGGGGUGGAAAAUAUUUGCCAGUCAGACGUAAACGUGUCGUGUUUAAACAUUCAAUAUGCUGGUGUGCUCAGACAACAGCCCAGUGUACCUACGUAAUGAUGUUCUUCAAGGUGUUGUGGCAGUAUCCUUGUAAGGUGAAUCAAUUUAUUUUUUUAACACGUAAUUCCUUGUUCUUGUUGUUGAUGUCGUGUGAUGAGAAGGGAAGUGAAUGUACCUGUCAAUAGUGGAAACCACACCCCCUUCCUGGGGGCAGGGCUUAAAGCAGGCUGGAGAGCUCC